AUGCCAGUCGAUGAUGAGAGAAUGCAAUCCCUCCAGGCACUCCGAUCCCAGUUCUCCCAGGCACUCAAAGACUUCGCCUCGUCUUCAUCAUCAUUCCGUAUUCUGCGAAGCAUACCUGGGACCCACGCACCAUCCUCAGCACCUGUCUGCACACUCUUCGUGCUUGACUCAAGUUUCAAUCCACCAUCGAAAGCACAUUCUAGUUUAGUCAAGUCUGCAUUGUCAUCGUCAACACUGACGCGACGCUCGAGCUCUGAGUCAUCAGACUCACUAACGAGUCAUGCACCACAGAGGGUAUUGUUCCUCCUGGCCACGGUCAAUGCGGACAAAAAGCCCAAGCCGGCAGAUUUUGAAGACCGCUUGGUCAUGAUGACUCUGAUGGCGGAAGACCUUCGAGGACGCUUGUCCAAUCAAGACUCGUCACAAAAGUCACAGUCACAACAAGACCACCCCCCAGCGACGAUACCAGUCAUCGAUAUCGGAAUCACGAAGGAGCCAUAUUUUACUGAUAAAGCGACGAGCAUUGCCCAAAGUAACAUCUACACACCUUCCUCCCCGAACCCGGAGGACGAUGUGGAACAAGUCCACAUCACGGGCUUCGACACGCUGACCCGCAUCUUCACGUCGAGAUACUAUCCGAACUCCGACCCGCCGCUGGCGGCACUCGAGCCGUUUUUGUCGCGCCACCGCAUCCACGCCACCAUCCGAGUCGAGUCGAGUUCCGCCAACGAUGACGAUCUAGAGGACGAAUUCGGUACGGUCGAGAAGCAACAGGGCUAUUUGGAUAGGCUUGCGAAGGGUGGAUUGGAGGGUGAGGGGCUGAAGCGCGAAUGGGUCGACCAAGUUCAACUGGCCGUGGACGAGAGUGGAGAGGCGGAUGGGGUUAGUUCGACGAGUGCGAGGGAAUGUGUCCAGGGUGGGAAGAUUGGGGAGCUGGGCCAGUAUGUGUGUGAGGGUGUGAAGGAGUGGAUAGUGGAGAGGGGGUUGUAUAGAGAUUGA